AUGUGGACAGACUUUUCAUCCAGAUUAAUAGACACUACCAAAUCAACACUCGGCUUGACAAGGGGAAACAAAUCAUACAAAAAACUAUGGUGGUGGAAUGAAAAGGUACAAACCACUAUACAGGAGAAAAAAGCCCUUUAUAAAAUAUGGUACAAAUCCAAAAACCCAGAUGACAAGACAAAUUACAAAAAAACCAAGAGAAUAGCUACAAAGGCGGUAGCUAGGGCCAAAGUUAUGGCAAACAAUGACAUGUAUGAAGAACUAAAUACCAAAGAAGGGCAAAAUAAAAUAUACAGAUUAGCCAAAAAACAAAGAUGGGUUGAUAAUAAAGGAAAAAGAAAUAAUGAAUAG